AUGAAACAGUACAAGGCGAGAAGUGAGAAGUGGGUGGCCUCAACAAGGGCCACCAGCUUACCCCAGAUUGUGACUCCGGGCCAGGCAAAACGCGAUCAGGUCUUUUCGUUCUAUUUGAGUGACUACUUUCCACGAAUGAUGGAGCGCACCUGUGAUAUCGAUGUGUCGCAAUACAUCAUUAAAGGCAUCUGCGCCCUCCCUCGCAAGAGCCCAAUGCUAGAAAAGGCCUUUUCCGCAUUGUCGUGCGUUUUCCUUGGCAGUGUCCAUAAAGACGAACAUAUGUUGCAGCACGGAGUUUCACUUUACAACCAAGCAAUUCAGCAUCUUGCAAAUGCUAUUAAUCGCAGCUCUUACAGUGAUGAUGUUGUCUAUACUUGUGUCAUUUUUCAACAGAUUCAGGUUCUCGCAGGGUUCAUGUUCCUAUCCGAGGAGACCAUUGCGUGGCUCAAGGAACCUAAUGAAGGUGGUCUGUGGUUUGAAUAUAUCGAGCUUCUUACCGAGAUAUCGCGUAUUACUGCGGCUAUCAAUAGAACUGAUGUCUCAGAUCACAGUACCUUUAAAUCCUUGCUGGACGAUUGCUUGGCGCUUGAACAGAUUCACAUAAAUUUCUGGGCACAAAUCGGCGGAGAGCCAUCGACAUACGCCAGGGGUGAAUUGAUUACAGCGAUUCCUUCCACCGAUGAUUUAUUUGGGCCAGCCUAUCGCUUCUCCUCUCUUAACGAUGCCAUUCUACACACUCUCUUCUGGCUAUCGUUGUCCUUUGUCAAUCCUCUGCUUCAUCAAUGCCGGUCUCGUGUUGCGGCUGGUUCGUCCGAUAGUAACCAAGGUGACGAUGAUCAAGAGGAAGCGCAUAACCUUUCCAUAUCACAUGUCGCCAAGGCCCUUAGAUGUCUUCCAUACUGCGGACAGGAAGGCAUGAAUUCGUGGGGCAUCUUUUACGGAGUACUUGCUGCAACCCAGGCUUCACGUGUAUACGCCCACGCCAAGGACUGGGAGCGGUUUCUUUGGUCCCAGAAUAUUUUUACCCAUCUAGAGCGCGUGGGCUUCGAUAACGCUGCUCGAGUUCAUGAAAUAUGGUGGGACUACUGGUUUCAAGCCAACAAACAAGAUCCCUACAGAGUUUUGAGCUAUAGAGAAUCAGAUAAGGCUUAUUAA